AUGAGAGCGAACCUCGAGCUGCUCGCCAUCGCGGCAGCUUCAUUUCCGGCGGUCCAUGCGCAGUACUUCCAACGUUUAGGCACGUGCCCGACGCUCGGCUGCAUUCUGCCCCCGGACCAGCAGGAUUUCCUCCCGGGUCAGGAGUUCGACAUCCGUUUUGAAGUCCACGCCCCAGUCAACGGCUCCGAAGCCAAUGGGGGUGAGCCUGAUCAGGACUUUACUGUGACCAUAGCCAAGGGGUCCAACGGCACCGCGACGAGUGUUGCCGAGUAUUUUGACCUUGAGGAACCGGAGGUCGAGACCUGGACAUUCUCGUGGUACGAGGAUCUCUUCGCCCAGGACGCCGGGACCAAGUGGGUUGUGAACGUUGCUUCUAAAGUAUAUCGCCGGAUCGCACUGUACGAGCCAGGAGAGUACACCGUGACGUUGAACUACUACGACGGCGAGCAGACUGAGGCAAAAUGGCUUGUGAGACCGUUGGCCGAGGAGAAGCGGGCGAAGAAUGUCAUCUUCUUCAUUGGUGAUGGCAUGACCACGAACAUGAUCACUGCAGCUCGCCUGUUGGGUCACAAGUCCAUCAACGGCCGGUACCAGAGCACGAUGCAGCUGGACAAAUUCCCUGUUCUGGGACACCAGAUGACGCACUCCAUCGACAGCUACAUCACGGACUCGGCCAACUCCGCCUCAGCGCUGUACUCGGGCCACAAGAGUUCCGUGAACGCAAUGGGGGUUUAUGCGGACUCUUCGCCCGAUGCGUUUGACGACCCCAAGGUCGAGACUAUCGUGGAGCUCUUGCGCCGCAUACACGGCUCUGCAUGGGGCGCCGUGUCUACCGCGUUCUUGGCAGAUGCCACUCCUAUCGCACUGACCGCACACACCCGCUCGCGAGGCAUGUACGGCCCGCUGAUCGAACAGGCCCUGAACGGUGUCUCCAAUUAUUCCUGGACAUACGCUGGUGCUCCUGACGUCUACUUCGGUGGCGGUGCAGAGCAGUUCUUGCCUGGGUCUGGCUCGUACCAAGGCAAGGAUUACUAUGCCGAGUUUGCCGCGCAGGACUACGCCAUCUCUCUCAACAAGACCUCGCUCCUCGAGCUAUCGAACGACUCCAAGGCUCUCGGCGUCUUCUGCCGGUCCAACUUCCCGGUGUGGCUCGACCGCAAUGUGUUCCCGGACGUCCUGAAGACCUUCACCAACGACCCUGCCGGUACGAAGGCUCCUGCGCUUGACCUCCCGGGCCUCAAGGACAUGACCCUCAAGGCCGUCGACAUCCUCAACGAGCGCGGUGGUGACAAAGGCUUCUUCCUGAUGUCGGAGGCUGCUUCCAUAGAUAAGCAGAUGCAUGCCCUGGACUACGACCGUGCCCUGGGCGACCUCCUCGAGCUCGACGACACGGUCCGGGCCACCGUAGACCACCUCAAGGAGCUGGGCAUAUUCGAAGACACCCUGAUAGUCGUUUCAUCGGAUCACGGCCACGGAUUCGACGUCUUCGGCAGCGCGGACACAAAGUACAUGGCCUCCAAGGACACAGACCGCGAGAAGCGCAACGCAGUGGGCGUGUACCAGAACUCCGGGCUGUCGCAAUACACGGUCGAGGUCGAGGGCGUGGGCUACAGCACGGGCCCGAACUUCCCCGUGAACUGGGACCCGCGCUACGUGAUCGCCUCGGGGCUCGGCGCGAGCCCCGACCGCAGGGAGACGUACCGCGUCAACGACAAGAAGCCGAGGACCCCCGCGACCAACAUCUCCGGGUUCGACAGCGACGACUACUUCGUCAACCCCACGGACAACGUCGGGGGUUUUGUUGUCAAUGGCACCCUGCCCACCAACGAGGCGCAGGGCGUGCACUCGCUCACCGACGUCGCUGUCUUCGCGAUGGGGCCGUGCCAGGAGCUGUUUGGAGGCGUGUACAGCGCGAUUGAUAUAUUCUACAACAUGGCUGAAUGUUUGGGUCUGGCGCUGCCGACAAAUGUGACAGAUGGAUAUGACUUGUAG